AUGUUUUCUGCACUGACGGCUGCGUUUCCUAUUGAUUAUGAUAGUAAUCAGUCCACCGGACUCAACGGAGAGGCCCCAUUGGGUCGCGGCUUUGUGUCAGGCAGUCAAACGCCCAUUUCUCUUUGGGGCGCUCCCUCAACCUCGAGCACUUUCGAUCGCGGAACCGGCAGCCGUCGCGCAGUUCGCGGACAAAGCUCAACCAGCGUUGGAUCAACCACCUCACCUGCCGAACAAGAAUUACUACGGGAGGCAAUUCUCAGUCUAUCCGGUGCUAGUGGCACUCUCAUUCAGUAUAACCCCACACUCGAUGCCUUUGUGCCUGCGUCGAAUCUGGUGAUCUCCCCAAGCAUCCAGUCGCACAUACUGCGCAUUUCGGUGUGUGGCUGGCUCUACAAUCGCGUACGACGGUUCAUUGACGGUGUGCGUGAUGAUCCCGCGGCGGGUAAAGUUAUGCUUUCGUUGGCUCUCUCAGUUGACGAACAACUGACUGAAUACCUGCGUCUAAUCACCCAACUUGAGGCCCAACUGAACUUUGACAACGACCCGUCGAAUUACCAGGAUACUUCGGCCUUCGGUAGCACCGCCAACACCACAGCAACUGCCGUUGCCCCGCCUUCGGGGCAAUUUACCGCCUCCGCCUCAGCUGCGCAGUCGACCUACUCAUUGGCGGACACUGGCCAGGGUAGUCUCGGGUCUAGCAGACAGCCGUUGACGCUGUUGCGACUAUCCCAUUGGCUGAUGGAGCCGAAACGCCGACUCAAAAUCCUCGCUGCUCUUGCUGAUAACUGCGCAUCUUUGAAAGGCGGUGCUCUCGUUUCUAAGGUGAAGAACUCCUGUCUCGUCGUUUACGAAAUGGCCCAGAACGGUGGACCGCAGUUGAAGGCGAUGCUCACUAACAUACUCGUCGACGUUACACGGACCAUCUACGAGAUGAUAGCGCUGUGGAUCUACGACGGACGACUAUCGAGCGACCCAAACCAAGAAUUCUUUAUAACGACUAAUCCCUCCGCCAACAAAGACAACCUCUGGUCCGAAAAAUACGGACUUCGCAAGUCAAUGGUCCCCGUGUUUAUCAGCAAGGAUCAAGCUAGAAAGAUCCUUCUCAUCGGCAAGUCCGUCAACUUCCUCAUGCAUGUGUGUGGCGAUCCGCAGCACUUCAAGGACCUGGAGGCCGUUCGCAAAACUCGCAUUACACAACGUAAGUUACCUGGUUUCCAACCUAGCCCCAACUGCUCACCAUUGGUUUGCGAUCCCGUUUUGUCUUUCACUCCACCACCACCACCACCACCACCACCACCACCACCACCACCACCACCACCACCACCACCACCA